AUGGCAGGUUCAGGUUCAAGGCUACAAACUGCAGACUGCAGUAAGCUGCCACACACCUCAACACGGUACAUUAAUAUAAACAACAUCACCACAUGCUGCAAGAGCAGGGAGAUAUUCCGUUGCCUAUGGCAUAUUUCUAAACUUAAGAUGAGUGUGAGAGAUGAAGCCAUGUAUACAGGGAAGGUUAUGCUGGCCCCAAUGGUCCGGGUCUGUACCUUACCCAUGCGUCUGCUCGCCCUGGAUUAUGGAGCUGACCUUGUGUACUGUGAGGAAAUCGUUGACCGGAAAAUACUGAUGUGUCAGAAGUAUGAUAAUGAGCUGCUUGGAACAACUGACUUCAUCUUGUCUGAUGGUACGGUGGUGUUCCGCACUGCGCCUCGGGAAAAGGAAAAGCUUAUCUUUCAGAUUGGAACAUGUGAUGCCAAGCGUGCUCUGGCUGCGGCUAAGAAAAUACAAGAUUUUGUAGCUGGGGUGGACAUAAACAUGGGAUGCCCUAAGGAGUUCUCGGUCAAGGGAGGAAUGGGAGCAGCUCUGAUCACUCAGCCGGAGAAAGUGAGAGAAAUUCUCACAUUGCUGGUGAAGGAGCUCUCAGUUCCUGUGACGUGCAAGAUAAGAUGUUUGCCCAGUCUUGAAAAAACAUUAGAGUUGGUCAAAAUCAUCGAAUCGACGGGUGUGUCUGCGGUGGGCGUUCAUGGGAGAACGAAAGACGAGAGAUCUCGGAAUCCGAACCGUGACGAGUUCAUCCAGGCUGUGGCCAAGGCUGUGAAAAUACCGGUGAUUGCGAAUGGCGGCUCCAUGGACAUCAAGACGUUGGCCGACAUGGAGCGGUUCAGGGAGAGAACUGGGGCCUGCUCCGUUAUGGUGGCUCGCGCUGCCGAGUGGAACUGUUCUGUGUUUCGCAAGCAGGGGCCGCUAUCCUUUCUGGAUGUGAUCAAGAGUUAUCUAAGAUAUGCAUUUCAGUAUGACAACAAUGAGAUGAAUACUAAGUACUGCGUGCUGCAAAUUAUUCACGACAAAAUGACGGAACUGUCGGAGGCGGACAAAUGUUUGGCCGCAAAGUCUUUAGAGGAGUUUGCUGACAUUUGGGACAUGAGGUCUGAGUACAUAAAAAUUCUCGCUCAAAGAAAGGAGAGACAAGAUGAACUGUCGCAAAAACACGCUGACCCGAACCACGGUGUCAAGAGACGGAAAGUGGAGGGUGGCUGCGUCCUCAUUGAGCUGCCCGUCAGAUACGACAAACGUUUGUACCCGUCUACUAUGACGCCCAAACAAGUGCUCAAUGACUGGUGUAAGAAAUGUCACGUGAGAAAACCUGAGUACGACACGACUGAGAGAGCAGAAGACAGAUGUUUUCACAGUACGGUCAAAGUGGAAGGCAAACUUUACACUAAUCCUUACUGGGAAAAGUCAAAACAGCUAGCUGAGCAAGGGGCUGCCAUUUCCUGUCUGGUAGUUUUGGGAGAAAGUGAUGGCCGAUUGGCUGAACCACAGAAUGAGAGCGAAGAUCUCCGCAGGAAAUGGAGGACGGUCAUAGCUGAGGGGGGCGGUGGCGACUCAGAGCAAGAAGUUGGAGAUGUCGGAGGUCAAGUCUCUGUGACAGACAAGGGUCAGGGGGACAUGAGUGGUGCUGUUGUCAAUGGAAGCACAGAGUAAAUGCUCAACAGGCUCAACAGACUCAACUUGUUUGUGGGGACACUUUCUCUUGUUUUUUUGCGAUUGUUUGAUAUAUAUAUUAUAUAUGUAACAAAGUGUGUCACAACACGCUGAAAUCAGACUCCUCUAACCCCCCAGGGUGGUGCCACUGACUGAAGUGUCUUUAGGCCAUUCACAAAGGGGGGGCAUUUCUCGUUCAUGCACAG